CAAGUAGUGAAAAUUGCGGCAAGUGGCAGAGGUGGCAUAGAUUGUUGACAUUUUCUGAGAAGAAUGAAAUGAACUGUCGUAAUCAUCAUCAUCAUCACACAUUGAAAAUCUCGUAACCAUUAUGAAUAUGAUUAGUUAAUUUUGUGAAUAAUUGUGUUCAGUUUGUUAUAUUUUUAAUUUAAUAGUUCAAAGUUGAUAGUCUUUUCUUUCAAUAGUAAAUUUAUUUCAUUAGCAAUGAGUUCUAGAGUAGAGAAAGAACGUCAGAAACAGAUUCAAGACAAAUGUCAGCGUUUGUUGAACGAAAUGUUAAAGGAUGAAGAUAAUAAAUAUUGCGUUGACUGUGAUGCCAAGGGUCCUCGAUGGGCUUCCUGGAACUUAGGAAUUUUCUUAUGCAUUCGCUGUGCUGGUAUUCAUAGGAAGUUAGGAGUACAUAUCAGUCGGGUAAAAUCUGUCAAUCUAGAUACGUGGACUCCCCAGCAAGUAGUCUGCUUGCAACAAAUGGGAAAUAGUCGAGCGCGUGCAGUAUACGAGGCAAAUCUACCAGAUAGUUUUAGACGUCCCCAAAAUGAAGGACAAUUAGAGAAUUUUAUACGUGCGAAAUACGAGCAUAAGAAAUAUAUCGCCCGUGAAUGGGUUCCUCCGCCACCUCCGAAAGUUAAUUGGGAUAAAGAAUUAGAAGAAGAAGCUGAAAAAUUAAAGAAAAAGAAACGCGAAAUUAAAAGCAGUACCAUCACAUCGAUUCCUCCUCUAACAACGCCUCCUGUUACUCCGCAGCCUCUACCGAAACCUUUAUCGUGCAGUCCUAAACCAUCUCGUACGAGUUCGCAUUGCACCGAUCUCUUGGGACUUGAUACCCCCACGAAGGAAACCCCGACAAAAAAAUCUGCUUCAGAUUCCGACAUGUUUACUAGCUUCUUGAAUGCGUCUCCUGAUGAUGGCUUGAAUAAUUCUUCGCUGACCUCUAACGCAUCCUCUAUCACAUCGGGUACAGGUCUGAGAACUGAAGAAGAAGAAAACUUCUUCAAUCAAUCUGUUUCUUCCACAACCAAUAAACAAAAGCAGUUGACGACCGAUUCUAUUCUAGCAUUAUAUGGUAAUCCUCCAAACAAUUACAUGCCAACUCAGGUGCCUACUGGAAUUCCACAAAUGUUUAACGCCUCUGGAGUAAAUGGCGCGACGAAUUCCUUCACUCGAAAUAUGAAUUCACAUCCGAAUGUGCAGAACGACUUGACCGGAGGAGUUCAGUUUCCCAAUUCCAUCACCGCUUCGUCGUCCAUGGCUUUUGCUUCGAAUCCAUUUUAUUCAAUGGCUGCGUCAGGUGCUCAAGUUAAUUUUCCACCCCAAAAAGGAUUUUCGAAUUUUAAUGCUUUGAAUUCUGUUGGAAAUGCCGAUUUUCAACAAACGCAAGCAAUCUCGCAACAGAUGGAUGCGUUGAAUUUAAAUAAUUCAACAGUGAACCCUUUUUUUUCUACGAAUAAUCACUUCGAAUUGAAUAAUGAAGUGAAACCGCAACAAAAAGGUUUUAAUCAGACGGUACAAACUGGAAACUUUUGGCAAUAAUAUAAUGAUUAGUUUUGCUUCGUUAUUUUUGCAAUGUUUUCUUUGUUUUUUGAUGUUUACGCUGUUGAAAAAUUUUUAUUUAUUUUAUUCUUUUUUUUUUUUUGAAAAACAUGUUAACGUUCCUGAUUAUAUUGUAUAAAUAUUUUCUCUAUUUAUAUUGAUACGAACGAUUUCUAAUCACGUAGAAAAUUGUCAAAGAGUUCGUUGAAGUGUCUGAGUAUUUAAGAAGUGAUUUGUUGCUUGGCAGAACUGGUUGUCAUAUUGAUGUGUGUUUUUCCAGUUUCCAUUCAGCAUGCUGUACUUAAAAAUUAUAAAGAAUUUUUCUGUCUUGCUAUAUUAUUCAAUAUUAUAUUUUACACUUGGAGCCUAAUAACGCGAAUCUAUUGUCCAAUAAGAAUUGGAAAAAUGGUUCGUAUCAAGUGUGAUUAAAUUACUUCUUACAUUCCCGUUAUUUAUUGUUGUUGAAUUUAUUUUUACUAUCAAUAUUUUUAUAUUAUUACGAUUGAUUUUAUGUAAUACAUAUGUACGCGUAUUUUUUUUUUAUUUUUUAACAUUAUCCGUUGAAGUGACCGAAUUUUGUUAGUGGAAUAAUUGGAUGUGCAAUUAUGCUUGCCCUUUUAGAGAGAAUAUUCCAUUUAUUGUGAAAAUUGUGUUGAUGCAUUCACUUCAUCUUCUGACUUUUUUUUUUACAUAUUUUAAUAAUGGAUUAUUUAGUUCUUAUUUUUCAAAUAUCUACUUACUUAUCGAAAGGAUUCUCGCCCCUUAGAUCAUUAUAAUGUUAUUUCUCGUCACUGUUGAAAGUAAAGUAACCGGCAAAACUUCUUCGAAUAUAAAUUAGAGAUACUUCCUCGUGUCUUUAUCGAGAAAUAAUAAAUGCAUUUCGAAAACUGAGUAAAUCAGUGACGACGAAUUCAACCAGUUCGCUCAACAUGAACAUCCAAUACCUAUUUUAAUGUUUAGUAAAAUUUUUCAAAGUUAUUUUGUUAUACAUACUUUAUGCGUAAUCGAUUUUGAAAAGAAAAUUUUUAUUUGUGAUUUUUUGCAUCGUAUUUUACCUUAAUUACUCAAUUGUUACGUUUAUGAUUCGCAUGGAAGAGAAAUUCAUUAUUUGAAAUCAUUAACUGUUGCUGAUGAUUAUGUUGAUGGCGACAAAAUUGUCAAUAUUUGUUUGUAAGAUGCAGUGAGGUAAUUUGGUGACUUCAAUAGCUGGUACAUUAAAUGCGCAUUGGCUAAUGCAGAAGUAUGUAAGUCAACAUUACUUGAGGGGAAUGAAAACACCUUAUACAUAUUUUCACUCUGAUUUGAAAUUUGGAAAAAUCAAUUCAAAAAGUUGAAUAAAACGCGAAUUUUUUUUAUUAUAGUUACUUUUGAGCCAAAUUAUAUUCUAAAAUGGGAAUCUCAAUUUCUUCCAAUUUUUGAUAGUACCUAACCUACCACUCAUUUGUUUUUAAGUUUUUUCGUAUUUACCUGCUGUGAAAAAUUGUAUGGUCCAGGUAGAUUGCAAAAUAUUGAAACUGCUUGUUUUGAGUUAGGUACCUGCUACUUGCUCAGUGAUUGCUUUUUGUGAUUUUCAUAUUAUUUUAUCAGAAUGUUUUCAUAGUUUUGUAACGAAUCUCCAAAGAUCUUGAAAACAAGAUUCGAAUUUUUCAUAUUUUAGUGAGAAUUAUUUUCAUCUUAUCAAAAUACAUAUUUGUUCAUUUUAAUAAUGAGCAUUGCUUUAUAUGUAUUUAAAACUCUAAGAUCGAUUGAUACUUAUAGACCCGUCAAAGUUGAAAAUUCACGUUGCCUUUACCUACUGCAUCUACGUAAAUAAUUGCCUCAAUUUUUCAAAGCAGUUUUUGAUCCGUUUGUUGUUUUCGAUUCGUUUGUUCAAUGAUCCCUGUUUCAAUUCUGUCUUUGAAGAAUAUGAAGAAUACCUUUACCUACCUAUAAUGUGUUAAAUAAACGAAAGCUUAAAAUGCUUUCAUUCUUUUUAAAUAUAUACAUAUUUCUUCGUUCAUCGUUGUACGACUUUACACUUUCAUUUUCGAAAAAUUUCUUACAAUGUAAGAAGUAUACCUAUUGUGUUUUUAUUAUACUCAUACUCGAAAGAAAUAAUUUUGUUCGUUAAGUUUGGAAAGUUGGAAAUAUUUCAAUAAUGUAUGUGCAUGUUCUGAUUGUUGUUGAUAAAAUCCAAUGUAAUACCUACUUCGCAAAAUAAAAACAUGAUCAUUUUUUUAAUUUUA